GAGUUUGAAAACGCACACUUUUACACAUAUGUUUGUUGAAACACGCCAACUAAUGUGUUGCAGAAAUCAUGAAGCUAGAGCAUCAAAGCAUCCAUUCAAUUUUGCUGAAGCUGUUCAAACUGAAGAACUAGUCAGAGAAAUAGCUACUUUCUUGUUGUAAUUAAAAGCGCCGAUGAUUAGUGUUUUGAUGAGGGCGAUCUGAAAACGUGUUCACUUGCAAUGUAUGUGCAGAUUUCGAACACUACUAAAUAGCAUGGUUGCACGCCAACUCUUUACGAACCACUGCUCAAUGGCUAAGACACAUAUCAAAAUACAAAAACGCAAUUUAUAAAAGGUAGAAGCGUGCAGAAAGUAGACUGCAGUUGCAUUUAGAAUUUGGUGUUGAACUGAACCAGAGCUGAGCUAGACUGCCGAAACUGCCAACAAGGAUUAGCAAGAAUUAGCUAAGUUGCUCGCGAUCUGCUAAAAAGGAUAUUAUAAAGAAUUAAAACGAUUUUAAAGUAUCACGCACACUGUAAAUACGCACACAGUAUGCGUCUCAGUAGCACAAUUGAGUGGCUGUUCAUUGCUAUCAUGAUCAGUUUAAUACUCAAUACAACUACAGCACGACAUCACACGCAACACCACCGCCACCGCGCGCACCAACACACUCAGCAACACCAGCAACGUCAACCGCAAUCGAAGCAAAACACACAAUUUGCACGACGUCAAGGUCGAGCCGCCACUGCUGCCACCACCACCAGUUGGUUUGGUCCAGAAUUUAUGAUAGCACGUCGCGUCUACGAAGAUUGUCAGGAGAAAAAUGAUUUUAUCGGUUGUCUCAAACAGAAGGCUCUACAUGCGUUGGCACGCGCACUUGAACAGGACUCCAUAAAAAUUGUGGACGGUCUAGUUUUGGAGAAGCAAAAUAUUACCGAAAAGGAGAGUAUCAUCAGUUCUAUGACAGAUGCACGUACGUUAAACUCCCUAAGCGCCAUCGAUCGUGCGCUGCUAGCGAAAAUUGAUAAACUAACACGUACACAUGCCCUAAAAAUGGAUAUGAGUCAAGGGCGUGGACAUCAUGGCGAUGAUGAUGACGACGAUGGUGGGCAUAAAAAAAAGAAGGAUAAGGGUGGCGGUCAUAUCAAAUAUGUAAUUGCUGCACUGCUCACUGCCAUGGGUAUUGCCGGACCUAUUGGUUUGAAAGCAUUAGCGGCGAUAGCAACAAAGGCUUUGGUGAUUAGUAAAGUGGCGCUAACGAUUGCUGGCAUUAUAGCGCUGAAGAAAUUAUUUUCGCACGAUCAUCAGGAAGAAUCUAGUUUUCAAGUACAUGCGGGUGAACACAAUCGACGCAGCACAUACGUAAUACGGCCGGUAAAUAAAUCCAAUCAGCCAACAGCUGCCGGUGGUGUUAGUCAAUAUUCGGACCCAUACCGUUACUACUAUGAAUAUCAUUAAUUGUUAUUGAACUCAUACUUUAUUUAAUUGUAAAAUUUCUUAUAUAAUCAAUUUUUAAUUAUAAGAUUUUAUUCGAAGAAAACACAAGCAGC